UGUGUGAUGUUGUAUAUCUCAUUAAAACAAUUCCCUAUAGAGACUUCACCAGCUAUAGGUAACUGCCACAUCAAAUUACAAACGAUACUCAUCACUUCAAUUAGCAGUAUGGGUAAUGAAUAUAUCUAUCUAAUUGACUUUACUAUAUGGUAUAUGGUGUAAUAAAAGAAUUAAUUUUAAUAUGUUCUUAAGUCAACUAUAAGUUGUUUAAUUCUGAUUUAAAAAAUUCGAACAUGGUUGUGAAUACGUUUUAUCACCGUACAAAGUCUUACCGUAGACCCUGUACAGAUAAGUUAAAUAAGGCUCGUUUCCUAUUUUAUUUUUAUUACUGUUAUUAGCUUAGAUCGAUGGACACUUAGAGACUAGAAACCCGCUGUGACACUUAAUUACGCUGAUUUUAAGGCUUUGAAUUUAUGAUACUGUUGUAAAGUACCCACGACGUCCUAAAUAUACGCUCAAAUGUUUCACAAGAAAACUGGCAAAACAAUGAAUCAGGUUUCGGCAGUUUUGUUCGGUGUGUUUUUGUGUUCUCUCCUGGCAUUUGGAAAUGCGGAGGCGGAGGCGGAUACUAUUCAGAAAAUACAGAAGGAAUAUUGGUCAUGGCGGAUGGAGAACGAACCAGAAUACGGCACAUACAUUGGGAUGUACGCCUUCAAUGACAGGGUCUACUCCUACAACACCUCCAUGUUUGAAAUCAGAAAAAAUAAAACACAGGGAUUUCUGGACAGAUUGAAUCUUAUAAGCUCAGCUAUACCCGCUUCCGACAGAAUAAACUACCUUAUUCUGAAAGAUACAUUUGAGACUUAUAUCAAUGGAACCCAGUGGGCUUGGUAUGGUGCAUUAAAUCCCAUGAAUUUCCUAGAGGGCGCACAGCUGUACACAAGUGCUGUCAAAUCUUCGUCAAACUCUCGAGGAGAUUUCGAGAAUUAUAUCGCAAGAUUGAAUGCAAUUCCUCACCAAAUCGAAGAAGUAAAGGAAACAUUUCAUGAGGCAAUUCAACUGAACAGAACUUAUCACAACGUAUCAAUAGCAAGUGUUCCUGCAAUGAUAGACAAGCUAUUAGUGGAACCAAUAGACUCCUCAUUCUACUCACCCUUUAACAACUCCUUGACGAAUGCCGUCAACAUACCAGAAACUGAAAAACAUGGGAUAAGAGAGCGAGGACUACAGGCUGUGAAUAGGACGAUUGAAGCGUACAGAAAAAUUAAAGAAUUCAUAAUCAACGAUUAUAUGCCCAACACUCGAGCACAUUACGGUGUGAAUAGUCUACAAAAUGGCUCCGAGUAUUAUCGUGCUUGCCUAAAGUGGCAUUUGUCAUUUGACAUGACACCGGACGAAGUCCAUCAAGUUGGGGUACAGGAGGUGGAAAGAAUUCAUGGAGAUAUGAAAAAGACGAUGGAGAAACUUGGCCACAAUGGUACAGUGAAGGAAUUCUUUAACAGUCUCGCCAACGACUCCAGGUUCUAUUCUAAUGAUUCUGAUAAAAUAUUGGAGGAGUACAACGAUAUUGUCUUCAAAAGAAUUAACCCCAAAUUACCCCAGUUCUUCAAAGAUAUUCCCGAUGUACCUCUGGUGAUAAGGAAGAUGAGUUACGAUGGGCCAGGGGGAGGCUAUUCUUCGGCUACAGAGGAAUAUCCGGGCGUUUUCUCCAUUAAUCUCUUCCGGCCACUUGAGAAUCCUUUCUUUGAUUUCAUGGCACUGAGUCUUCAUGAAGCUAGCCCUGGACAUCACAUGCAGCACACAUAUGCCAUGAUGGCGAAUCUACCAGAUUACAGGCGCCAUACACCUCUAUCAUUUUAUGAUGUCCCUGUUUGGUUUCCAUGGUAUUCUGCAUACUCUGAGGGCUGGGCGUUAUAUUCUGAAUACCUUGGAAUAGAAAUGGGAUUGUACAAAGACGAAUAUGAAUUAAUGGGGCGUUACAGUGCAGAAAUACUUCGUGCCUGUCGGCUGGUAGUGGACACGGGACUGCACUAUUAUAAUUGGGACAAACAGAGAGCCAUUGAUUACAUGCUGAACUACACUGCAUACUCGUAUGAAGCUACGGAAAUAGAAGUCAACAGAUAUAUCACGUGGCCAGGCCAGGCAUGCGCAUAUAAAAUUGGUGAAAUAAAGAUCAAGGAUCUUCGAAGAAAGGCGGAAGCUGAAUUAGGUAACAGAUUUGACCUCCGUGAUUUCCAUUCCGUGAUUCUGACUAACGGGGCUGUUCCAAUGUCUGUGCUAGAGAUGAUAGUGAAUGAAUGGAUUGAUGACGUCAAAUCAGCACCUCUCGCGUCUGAAGCUUCCGUUGUAACCAGUCCUUAUAUGGUGCAGCUAUAUGUCGUUUUUGUUCUGAUAUUAUCAUAUUUCCCUUAAGUGAGGAUUUUUUCACACAUAACUAACGUACUGUUUGAUUACUGUUGUGUUUGAAUAUGAAUAUGAAAAAACAAAAGUCUGUAUUUGACAUUGACGUUGGAAGAAAACAGUAGUUUUAUUGCCUUCCUUCUGCCAUUUCAAAAUCAACUGUUACAAAGUUGAGAUUGGCCAAUAAUUAUGUACGUAUUAAUGUGAAAAUAACGAAACUUUUUUGGGGGAAUUCAGCACCCAAGGGUCGGAUCUGUAUAUAUGUAUAGACUAUUUAUAUAAUAUGUAUGUGCACAAAUGAUCAACCGUUGUAAGUCUUGCUUUUGGUUGUUUAAAUAUCUGUAUGAACCCUAGCCUAGGAUGUAAUUAUUGAUAAACUGUUUUGUACACCAUUUUCCCAAAAUUAUUAUUGGAGACCAUUUAUUAAAAUUAGGCUGCAAGGUUGA